GCAAUCCUCCUUCUCCCACGGUCGCUUUUUUCUCUCUGCCCUCCCAGCGCUCCUUGGUCCCCAAUCGCGCAUCAAUAACGAGUCGAAUUGCACUUCGUUUGUCCUCCUUGGUCGUAUACAGGAGUUUUUAUCUUGACUCGUGGCUUGGCUUACGGCCGCCUCGAGCAAGAGAGCCGAUUUAGUCAUCUUGGUCACCCUGCCAUGCUUUACUCUUGACGACGGCCAUGCAGCCUCCGGAAGGUGCGCAGGUGGACCUGGGCAAGGCCCAGGUCAUCGACCGUGUCCCGAAAGUCAUUAAUGAAUUGAAGUUUGGUGUACUGUCUAAUGAUGAUAUUGUGAGCCAAGGUGUGGUGGAGGUUUCUGAUCGCAAAUUCUUUAAUCUCGAGCAUGACAGAGCGGUGGUUCCCCAUGGCCCUCUCGACGGGCGCAUGGGUAUAUCGAGUAAGAGCGGAUCAUGCCAGACUUGCGGUGGUGCUCUACAAGUCUGCAACGGCCAUUUCGGCCAUGUGAGACUUGUAUUGCCAGCUUUCCAUGUUGGUUACUUCAAGCGCGUCAUCGGUAUUCUACAGGAGAUUUGCAAAGAGUGUUCGCACAUUCUGCUCCCCGUGGAUGAACGCCGAGCUUUCCUCCGGGAAAUGCGCCGCCCGGGCCUGGACAACUUGCGACGGAUGCAGAUUGCGAAGCGGAUCAAUGAACGCUGCCGCAAAACCCGUAGUUGUCAACACUGUGAUGCUGUGAAUGGUGUCGUGAAAAAGGCUGGAUCGAGCGCGCUCAAGAUUACCCACGACAAAUUCCGCGCUUUCAACGUUUCUACCUCCGUGAAGAAGAACCCACCGAUUAGCAAGACUGUUUUCGAUAAAUCGUUCGACGAAGCCAGGAGCGCCAACCAAGAGGUUGAGAAACACUACAAAAAGGCCCAGGAUGAUAUGAACGCCCUUCGUGUCUUGCAGUUGUUCAAGAAAAUUUCCGACACCGACUGUGAGCUGCUAGGACUCAACCCGAAGGAAGCACGACCGGAAAUGUUCCUGUGGCAGUUUAUUCCAGCACCACCUGUGUGUAUCCGUCCUUCAGUCGGUCAAGACGCCGCGUCGACCGAAGAUGACUUGACUGCCAAGUUGGGAGACAUUGUCCAGAGCAACAUCAACCUUAAGAACGCGCUGAUGAAAGGAGCUCCAGUGCAGACAAUUAUGGAAUGCUGGGACUACAUGCAGCUUCAGAUUGCUGUGUACAUCAACAGUGAUGUCCCCGGUCUCAACAAAGCGGACCUGGGUAAGCCGAUUCGAGGUUUCGUGCAACGUCUGAAGGGAAAACAAGGACGAUUCCGUGGUAACCUGUCAGGAAAGCGUGUUGAUUUCUCGGGUAGAACUGUCAUUUCUCCUGAUCCCAAUCUGCGCGUUGAUGAGGUUGCUGUUCCAGAGCUCGUUGCAAAGAAUAUGACCUAUCCCGAGGUGGUCACCAGGUAUAACAAGGAAAAAUUGCAGCAGCGUGUUCGAAACGGAACGAAGAAAUGGCCCGGUGCCAACUACAUUAUGAAGAAAGGCCAAACAUUCAAGGUCUUCCUCAAAUACGGUAACCUUAACAUGAUGGCCGACCAGCUGCAGGAGGGUGAUGUGAUUGAACGCCACAUUGAAGAUGGUGAUAUCGUGCUCUUCAACCGCCAGCCCUCCCUCCACAAACUUAGUAUUCUUUCUCAUUUUGCAAAGGUUCGCCCACACAGAACCUUCCGGUUGAACGAGUGUGUGUGCAACCCCUAUAACGCAGAUUUCGACGGAGAUGAAAUGAACCUGCAUGUGCCACAGACGGAAGAAGCGAGAGCGGAAGCGAUGGAGCUGAUGGGAGUGAAGAACAACUUGGCAACACCGAAGAAUGGAGAACCCAUUAUUUCUUCCAUUCAGGAUUUCAUCAGUGCGGCCUAUCUUCUAAGUAGCAAGGAUAACUUUUUCGAUCGACGAUCAUUUACGCAGAUAUGCCUGUAUAUGCUUGGUCCGGAGACGCGUUUUGACCUUCCUCCGCCUUCUAUUUUCAAGCCGCAGAUGUUGUGGACCGGAAAACAAGUUUUCAACAUCCUCAUGCACCCUAAUAAAGAUGACCCUGUUCUGGUAAACUUGGAUGCCGCGUGUCGAGAGUUCAAGCAGCCAAAGGAUGGCCGUCCAAAGGAUCUGGAUCCGAAAGACGGAUGGCUUGUGAUCCGUAACUCUGAGGUUAUGUGUGGUGUGAUGGACAAGUCGACGAUCGGUUCCGGAAAGAAGGACAAUGUUUUCUACAUUAUGCUGAGAGAUUUUGGACCUGCAGCUGCAGCAGAGGGUAUGAACCGCUUGUCAAAGCUCUCUGCGCGAUGGUUCACCAACAUGGGUUUCUCUAUCGGUAUUACGGAUGUUUACCCAAGUGAAAAGCUUGUGCAAUCGAAGCAAGACCUCGUCGAAAAGGCUUAUGCGGAGUGUGAUGAAGUCAUUGCUAAAUUCAAAAACGGCACUCUGGAAAAGUUCCCUGGUUGUGAUGAGUUGCAGACUAUGGAGAAUAAGCUCUCUGGUAUUCUGAGUAAGGUCCGUCAGCAAGCAGGAGAUGAAUGUAUUGCUCAACUGAGCAAGUACAACUCACCACUUAUCAUGGCCACGUCCGGAUCUAAGGGUUCGAGUAUCAACGUGUCUCAGAUGGUUGCCCUUGUCGGUCAACAAAUUAUUGGUGGUCAGCGUGUGCAGGACGGUUUCCAGGAUCGAACACUGCCUCACUUCCCAAAGAACGCUCGUCAGCCGCCUUCCAAGGGUUUCGUCCGUAACAGUUUCUUCUCCGGACUACUACCCUACGAAUUCAUUUUCCACGCCAUGUCCGGUCGUGAAGGUCUGGUCGAUACCGCUGUCAAGACCGCAGAAACUGGAUACAUGUCUCGUCGUUUGAUGAAAUCCCUCGAAGAUCUUUCCACUCGGUAUGAUGAUACUGUUCGAAACUCGUCUGCCGCCAUUGUCCAGUUCCAGUACGGUGAUGAUAAACUGGAUCCUGUAGAUAUGGAAGGUAAAGCCAAGCCUGUCCACUUCGACCGCACAUUCAUUCACUCCGAAUCCACGACUUAUAACAACGAUGAGCGGAGUUUGUUUCCGUCAGAGAUUAUGGAAGUUUGUGAAGACAUGCUUUCCAAGGAACGUGCUAAGCUGGUGCGUAAAGAUCUGAUGGGCACUUCGCUUGGCUAUAUGGAUCGGAGUGAUCAUGGCAUCGACCAGUUUGAGAGUGCUCGUGAUUUCCUAGAGUCGAUCCAACAAUAUGUCUCUACUAAAGCAGACAAGCUGAUCUCUCGGGGUGGUGAUAACGACCCAUCUGAUGAAAGAGGUCAACAAGGACUUAAUCACACUGGCAAAUUGACUGAAAGGACGCUCAGGACCUUCAUCGCGUCUUGUUUGAUGAAAUACAAGAAAGCUCAGGUCGAGGCUGGUCAUGCUGUUGGUGCCGUUGGUGCGCAAUCUAUUGGUGAACCCGGAACGCAGAUGACGCUGAAAACUUUCCACUUUGCUGGUGUCGCUGGUAUGAGUAUUACUCAGGGUGUUCCUCGUAUUAAGGAAAUUAUCAACGCCUCCAAGGAAAUCAGUACGCCUGUUGUUGCCUGUGAGCUUGUCACUAAGGACAAUAUCAUCGCUGCUCGAAUUGUGAAGGGUCGUAUUGAGCAGACAUAUCUCCGGGAUAUUAUCCACUGGGUCCGAGAAAUUUGGAACGGAAAGGAAGCUUAUAUCACGGUUAAAAUCAACUGGAAAACAAUCCAAGAUCUGGCACUUGAGCUUAAGAUCAGUGAUAUCCUCAAUGCCAUCAAGACUCACAAGCGAUUCAAGGCCGAUGACCUCAAGUUCCAGCACAGCCGAUCUCACAUUCACAUUUUCAUGGAUCUGGAUCCUGCCACAAAGUCAUCACUCUCCAAGACGGAAAUUGCUGCGACUAGCGCAGAUCCUUUCCUUCGUUUGAAGCAUCUUAAGCGUUUGCUGCCAGAUAUCCAGGUUCUCGGACAUCCACAGGCAUACCGUGCCAUUAUUCGAACUGAUGACACAUCAACUACGAACACCCUUCUUGUGGAAGGUUAUGGACUUCGGGAAUGUAUGACCACCCUUGGUGUUGAUGGCCUUCAUACGACCACAAACAACGUGAUGGAAGCCAAGGAUGUCUUGGGUAUUGAAGCCGCACGGUCAACUAUUAUUCGAGAAAUUAGCGAGGUCAUGAAGGACAUGGACAUCGAUCCGCGUCACAUGCAGCUUCUUGCAGAUGUCAUGACAUACAAGGGUGAAGUGUUGGGUAUCACACGAUUUGGUCUGUCCAAGAUGCGUGACUCUGUUCUUCAGCUCGCUUCCUUCGAAAAGACCGCAGACCACCUCUUCGAUGCUGGUGGAGCUGGUCGUACCGACCUGAUCGAGGGUGUCUCCGAAUGUAUCAUCAUGGGCAAGACGAUGUCUCUUGGUACAGGAGCCAUGGAGGUCGUGCGCAAGAUGAACUUCUACGAGGGUCAAAUUGGACCCAAGAAAACGGUCUUUGAGGACUCUUGGACCGAACUCUGUGAAGCACCUGUUGAGAGGGCACGAGUAAGGAGAAAGGCUCGAGCCUGAUUGAUGAUCAAAACAAAAAAAAAAAAAAUUUAAAAGCACCAAAAGUCGGUCCAUUGGGAUGCAAUGUACCAUGGUGGGAUAUAUUUCGUUUAUUUUAUGCAACAAAAAAAGCAGCAUUAUCAUGGAGUUGGAUUCGUCUGCCUUUUCUCUUGUUGAUUUACCUUUUAUUGUAUAUGUACUGUCUUUGCGCGUUUAGCGAUAUUGUUAACGAUAGUGAUGGAUGGCGGCGUGUCUGUCUGCCCUGUACUAUUUGAUUAUUUGCUGGCUGGGGAAUAUCUAUGGAUUAUUUACCUGGGAUGUCUAUUUCGAAUUGGGGAUUUGUUAGAUGAAAGAAAUCAGAGGUUCUAUAUAUCAUAUUUGAUCUUUUCAAAUAUAUCAAGUAUUUCAAGUAUAUCUAGUAUUGAAUGACUAUCACGUCUUCCUAAUAAGUGAG